AAGAAAAGCUGCUGACUAAAGUCAUGACUUCUGUGUACCACUAGUGCCACAAAAGCUUUUGGUGGUCUUAUUGGCGCAUACCAUGGUGGGGUCUUCGACUGGGGUGAAGUCGUAGCCGUGGCUGCAGUCUCCGUUUCCUCCUUUUUCUUGGAUAAUAGAUAACUCAAGAAAGGAAAGGCCAUUGAAAAAGGAGUGGCGCGGAGCAGUGGCGCAGCGUAAGGGAUUAUUUAAUGCCUUGAUUGUACGUUAAGGGAGGGGGGAAUGGAAGGGGAAGAGCCGAAGAGACUCGAGAGAGAGAGAGAGAUCUAAAUACGUACUUGUCAUCGGGUUUGAUGACGAAGUGCUCUAGAAGCUUCUCGUGGCUGGACGUCCGGCAGCGGAGGGAGCCGAGGGCGAAGUCGACGCGCGACGCCGCGGCCGCCGCCUCGCCUGUGAGAAGUUGAGAACUGGAGAACGCCGAGAAGACGGACCAAAUGGGGAACUGGGAAGUGGGAAGAUGGGGUUUGGGUUUGGGAAAGGCUUUAGCGCUGCUGCCUGCGAACACACUGCGAAGGAACAGCUCGUAGGCUUCCGACUUCGGCAGCUCGACUUCGACGAUCCCAUUUCUCAGUCUGGCAGUCUCCCUCCCGGACGGCGGAGGCCUUCCUUUUGGCCGAUGCCUUAGGCGACCGCCUUGGGCCGGCCCUGCCUCGACCUCAAAUGCCAGGUCCAGGGCACUUCUCUUUCAUCAUUGAUCUCUCUCCUCGCUAUCCCUCUCUUUGUCACGGGCAUAGAUCUCACCUUUGUUUCUAUCUUUUGACUUUUUGUUUUUUUUAGUUUCUUUUGAUUUUUUUUACUUUUUAAUUAGUGGGUGGGAAUCCAUUUUUUUUGUUUUAUUGUGUGUGCGUGUUUUUUCGUUCGGUAAAUUUUUUUCCCUUGGCUUUAGUAACGUUAUCAAUCAGGAAGCUGAAAUGUGUGGACGUAAGGAUGCCAAGCGGACGAGAGUACUGCUUCACUCGCCAUUGACUUGACCCCAGCUCACUCUUUCCGCGAAAAGGAGGCGAGAAGGAAAGCCAAAGCCCUCUUCUUUCUUUGCCGUGUCCGAUCCGAGCAGAGCAAGGAGAAAACCGAGGUUGUGCAAUGGCGAGCGCUUUCCUCUCUUCCAUCCUAUCAAAAACCAGCCAAGUAUUGGGCUGUGUUCACAGAUGGGCAGUCUUGCCGUCUUCAUCAUCGGAUCCACGCAGCAGUGUCCUGAAAGAUCUGGAGAAGCUGGAGAGAACAUUGAAGAGGAUCCAGGCAGUGCUCCAUGACGCGGAGGAGAAGGAGAUACGAGAAGAAUCCAUCAAGCUCUGGCUGAAGGAGCUUAAAGAAGUGGCUUAUGAAGCAGACGACGUGCUGGACGAGUACCAAUACGAGGUACUGCGAGCCCAGGUGGAAGGCCGAGCUUCCCGCAACGCGAAGCGAGUGGAAGGGGACGAUGAGGAAGAGGGGGACGAGUACCAGUACGAGGUACUGCGAGCCCAAGUGGAAGGGCGAGCUUCCCGCAACGCGAAGCGAGUGGAAGGGGACGAUGAGGAAGAGGUUUCAAUUCCGGACGGCAUGGGGGAUAGAAUCAGGGAGAUCAGGGAGAGGUUCGAUGAGAUCUCGCAGGAUCGGGAACACCUCCGUUUAAGAGAGGAAGAUGGAGAGCGACGGGUCCUCGAAGCUCCGUACCCAGCACCAACCAGCCAGAUGGUGGAUGAGUCGACUAUUUAUGGAAGGAAAGGCGACAAACAGGAGGUAAUUGAUUUGCUGUUUUCCGAGGGUGUGGAAAAUGGUGUCUCUGUCAUUCCGAUCGUCGGCAAGGGGGGACUGGGAAAAACCACCAUCGCCCAGCUGGUCUACAACGACUCCAAGGUAAAAGAAUAUUUCGAUCUAACUGGAUGGGUUUGUGUAUCCAAUGAUUUCGAUGUUCCAAGGCUAACAAAGGCCAUCCUUGAGUCUCUUACUCGAAGUCCAUAUGAUCUUGAACAACUAAGCGUACUUCAAGAUACUCUCAACGAAAAUCUGAAGGGAAAGAGAGUGUUGCUCGUGCUCGACGACGUCUGGAAUGAACAGCAAAGCCGUUGGGAGAGCUUAAGAAACCCCUUCGUUGGUGCAGAAACGGUGAGAAUUAUCAUGACCUGUAGGAAUGAUUCGGUCGCCGAGAUCAUGCAGACAGUGCAUCCUUAUCAUCCUCGUUGCUUGUCUCCAGAGCAGUCUUGGGCAUUAUUCAGGCAUUAUGCAUUCAAUGGUCGAGACCCUGAAGAACAACCAAGCUUGGCGGAUAUGGGCAAGCAGAUUGUCGAGAAGUGUUCCGGUUUACCAUUGGCUCUCAAGUCAAUCGGAAGCCUUCUGAGAUACACGGCAGAUGAAGAUAGCUGGAUGGAUGUCGUACAAAGUGAUAUAUGGGAAGCCGACGAGAAGAAUGAGAUUUUGCCAGCUCUUAGAUUAAGCUAUAGCCGCAUGCCAGCACAUCUAAAACCUUGUUUCAUUUAUUGUUCCAUGUUUCCGAAGGAUUAUGAGUUUGACAAAGAUGAAUUAGUCCGAUUGUGGAUGGCGCAAGGUUACAUCCAGACAUUCGGAGGUAGAAGAAGGAUGGAAGACAUUGGCGAUGAAUAUUUCAUUGACUUACAAAGAAGAUCGUUCUUUGAUUCUGAUUGGUUUAAGUUUAAGAUGCAUGAUAUGAUACAUGAUCUAGCGAAAUCUAUUGCAGGAAAUGAGUGCCGGGCAAUUGUGGAUAAGAAGCUAUGCAGUCUCUCCGAUGAGGUUCGCCAUGAUAAGGUUCGCCAUUUAUAUGUGGGAGAUGAAAAGGAAUUUGUGAAAUCACUGCGCUCGUAUAAUUUUAGUGCCUUACGAACCUUGUUAUUGUGGAACUCUACAGUUUUGUUGGCAAAGAGAAAUCACUGCGCUCGUAUAAUCCCAGAAAUAAUCAAGAAUCUGCCGCUACUACGGACUCUACAAGUUUGUUGGAAAUGGGAAGAUGAGAUUCCAGGUUUACUCGGUAACCUGAAGCACCUUCGUCACCUACGAAUCCAAUCUCAUUAUAUUGAGAAAGUCCCUGAAUCUGUAUGCCUCCUCUAUCACCUACAGAUAUUGGUACUUGAUUGCCGCCAGCUUGUAGAGUUACCAGAUGGCCUAGGUAACCUUAUCGGCCUACGAUACUUUAGACUACGCACAUAUCGUAUUAAAAGGCUGCCUGGAACAAUUUGUCAGCUCCGCAACCUGCAGAUGUUGUUUCUUGAUGGGUGCGCGAAUCUUCAAGAGUUACCCAGUGACAUAGAAAGCCUUACUAGCCUCCGCCACCUAUAUUGUCGGAACACUGGAAUUCUCUACCUACCAGCUGGGAUCGGAAAACUAGCAAAACUUCAAAGCCUUCUUGGAUGUUAUAAAGUGCAGGGUGGGAUAGGAGUGCUGAAUGAACGUGGUCAGAACCUCGAAACUCUCAUCAUCUCAGGGCUUAGGAAUGUGGUCAACAUAGAGGAUGCCAGGGAUGUAGGUCUUAAACAUAAGCAUAAACUCAAUGCGUUGAUGCUAGCUUGGAAUGCGGUCGACUGCAAUUAUGAUCCAUAUCAUCCAGGGGUAGAUGAGGGAUCACUACUACAUCUAGAAGUUUUUCCAGAGAAAAAUAAGGAUGUCCUAGCGGAUGAAAAAAGGGAGGAAGCCAUGCUCGAGUAUCUCCAACCUCACGCUAGCCUCAAAAAGUUGCUUAUAAAUGGGUAUGGUGGUUCCAAGUUUCCAAAAUGGGUGGAAAAUUUUUUCUCCUUUGCAUCACUUCGAGAAAUUAUUAUAAUUGAUUGUGAAAAAAUACGGUCUCUUCCUCUAUACAUUCAUGACUCUCUUGGAAAAUUGGAUGCACCCAUAUCAAAAUCCAUGCUUUGGAGGGUGCACAUUUCUGGUUGUCAGGAACUCACAUCCUUUCUCUUAUCAGAGGAAGGACUGCCAUCCAAUCUUCAAGAUCUACAUAUUGAGAAGUGCCAACGGUUGACAUCACUGCCGGGGAUGCAAAACCUUACUUCUCUUGGGGCAUUAACUAUAAGAAAUUGUCCUCAACUCCGGCUCUUAUCAGAGGAAGGACUGCCAUCCAAUCUUCAAUAUCUGCACAUUGAGGAGUGUCAGCAAUUGACAUCACUAUCAGGGAUGCAAAACCUUACUUCUCUUAGAAGAUUAAUUAUACAAAAUUGUCCUAAACUUCAGAUCAUGGCAGAAGAUCAACUCUCAUCUAUGCCUAAUGAAGUGAAGAUUGUUGAUUGCCCUGAAUUGAGUAACUGGUGCCAAAUACAAAGAAUCGAGUGCAUUGAGGUCGCUUCAGGAAACAAGUUGACUAUAUCGAACACAUGGGAGAACAUAAUGAGUGGGUUUGAUGAUUUGACAUCCGUUAAGUAUCUUUAUUUCAGUAAUUGUUGGAGAUUCCAUAUAUCAAAAGGCCACAUGCCCGUACUUGAACAGCUGACCAUAUGGGGUUGCACGGAUAUCCCGCCACUAUGCUACCUGCCCGCGCUCCCAUCUCUUCGAAGCUUGGUCAUAAAGGACUGUCCAAGAAUCGACUGCCUGCCAUCUUCUCUGCUCCCAUCCACGCUAAAGUCCUUGGUGGUUGAUAGUUGUGAGGGCCUAAAGAAUUUGCUGUUGGAGCUACAGAACCAAUAUGCAUUUGAGGAACUGCAACUUGUGAAUUGCCCUAAGCUCGAACGGGUGGAAGGGUUGAAUUGCCUUUUCUUUCCAAAAAUCUUAAGAAUAGAACGAUGCCCUCAACUCAAGCUUCCAUAAGAUGAUUGACAACCAUCUAUUCCUCCACGUGUCGAAAUUGCUGAAGAAGCAGAGAACAAAGAAACCUAGGAGAAACAAGUGUUGGAUUGUGUGACGAUGGAGCAUGCUAAUAGUGCAGAAUCAUCGGUAACACAUGUAAUGGAGUGGUCAGGCCAGAAGAAUCUUCAGUGGGCAGACAAGGAGCUUUAGGCAAUGUGAGAGGUUGUUGCUAUCAAUCUACAAUUACCUCCUCAAGAAUGGAUUUGAAGUGACUACUUUCUUGGUGCAAUGCUGCAAGUUAUGCAAGGAAUGGUUGGCAAAUUCCUUACAGUUGAGUUAUUGUUAUGUUAGUCGUGUUGGAUAUUUGCAUAAACUCUGGAGUUUUUAUUAAGUAAAUCUAAAUCACUAGGAGUCUAUAUAAUCUACGAUCUUCCAAAUGUAACUGCUGCACUUUAUGAUCUUACGAUGCUAGAGCAUGGCAUCCAUGAUGCAUGUGGUCUCGCAUAUGCAGAGACAUGGAGCUUGGUAAUCGCACCCAACUGUGGAGUUUGCAGAACUCUGACUUGUAUUUAGUUGCUGUAAAACCUAAUGUAUCUGUGGAGGUUUCUAAGAUGAGAA